AACCUUAAAAAAGAUUCCUUUGCAUUUCCACUUUCUUUGCCUCUCCCAAUUCUUUCAAAAUCACUUCUUAAUUUCACAGAUUAAAUUUUUUUAAUUUUUAAUUUUUGAAUUUGAGGUUGACAUUCCUAUAAAUUCGAAAAUUCCGAAAUUUAGAAACCUGGAAGGUCUGGAGCCAUUACCGGCUUCCUCCGGCAACGGCCAGAUCCGGUACCGAACACCAUCCUCAGCCGAGCUCCUUGAGUCCGUUCCAAACGGAAGCUCAAUAUCCCCGACCGGAAACGUUACCUCCGAUAGCCUCGAAAAGAUUAUGAAGCGUUCAAUGACGAGGCACGAGUCCAUCUCCGACAAAAUCCACAAAUACCGAGGUGUUUUGCUGGUCAUCUCCAUCCCUAUCGUGCUUAUAACGUUCGUGUUGUACGUAAUGCCGGGGAAAUCGGCGUCUGAUACGUCCGUGCUGGAGGAGAUCGAGAUAAAUAGCAGGAAAGUAGGGGCUUCGAGAGGCAAUAGGAAUUAUGCUGUGAUUUUCGAUGCGGGGAGUUCAGGGAGUCGAGUUCAUGUUUAUUGUUUUGAUCAGAAUUUGGAUCUUGUUCCAAUUGGCUCUGAAUUAGAGCUUUUUGAACAGCUCAAACCAGGUUUGAGCUACUAUGCAAAAGAUCCGCAGGCUGCAGCGAAUUCAUUACAUUCUCUUCUUGACAAGGCAGAAAGUGUUGUGCCACUAGAUUUGAGAUCAAAGACUCCUGUCAGAGUUGGGGCAACUGCUGGUCUGAGGGCAUUAGAAGGCGAUGCAUCUGAUAGAAUUUUGCAAGCGGUUAGUGAACUUCUGAAAGAUAGAAGCACCCUCAAAUCUGAGGUAAAUGGGGUCAGAAUUCUGGAUGGCUCUCAAGAAGGUUCUUAUGAAUGGGUGACAAUAAAUUACCUAUUAGGGAAUUUGGGACGAAUAUAUGGAGACACAGUUGGCAUAGUCGAUCUUGGUGGUGGAUCUGUUCAAAUGGCAUAUGCCAUCUCCAAGAAUACUGCUUCAAAGGCUCCAAGUGUCCCAGCUGGAGAGGAUAAUUAUGUACAUGAAAUGUAUCUGAAGGGAUCAAAAUAUCAUCUCUAUGUUCAUAGUUAUUUGCACUAUGGCUUAUUGGCAGCUCGAGCUGAAAUUUUGAAUGUCUCUAAAGAUUCUGGCAACCCUUGCAUCCUGGAGGGUUUUGAUGGUACUUACCAAUAUGGAGGAGAAGAAUAUAAAGCAUCAGCUCCUUCAUCAGGCACAAGCAUGGAAGAAUGCUGGAGGGUGACUCUCAAGGCUCUCAAAGUAAAUGAUACAUGUAAACAUAUGAAGUGCACAUUUGGUGGUGUAUGGAACGGUGGAGGUGGAGAUGGACAGAAGAAUCUCUUUGUUGCUUCUUUUUUCUUUGACAGGGCUGCCGAGGCUGGUUUUAUUAAAGCCACUGAUCCUGUUGCAAAAGUUCAUCCUCAUUCGUUUGCAGAUGCUGCUAAACGCGCUUGUGAAACCAAGUACGCGGAUGCUAGAGCAACAUAUCCAAAUGUGGGCGAGAGUAACCUGGCAUAUAUUUGCAUGGAUCUAGUUUACGAGUACACUCUGCUCGUCAAUGGAUUUGGCCUUGAUCCUUACCAAAAUAUUACAUUGGUGAAGAAAGUGAAAUACCGCAAUUCCCUCGUCGAAGCUGCUUGGCCACUAGGCAGUGCCAUUGAGGCCGUAUCAUCAUGAAGUAAAAUUCCAAGUCAUGCAGCUUGUAAUCACUCACUGGAAAUUUUCAUGGCUUCUGGUAAUUGAAUGAAGUGAGCAGCAUGUUCAUACUUGAAAUCGGAUUUUGGAGGGAAUGAUGGAAGUGAGAAGAGUUUCAUUUAUCUUCUUUUGUAAUUACAUUAUUUCUAAUUGUUCUGAUUUUUAUAAUUUUUGUGAGAGAUUUAAUUGAAUUAGUUCAUUAUACACACACUAGGGCUGUGAGAAGAAAGAAACAAAGAAAAUUGACAAAACCAAAUCAAACUAAAAUGUUAUUUGAUUA